ACGUGACAGGCUCUCAUACGGGGCACGGGCUUUGUUUAUCAACAUUGCACAGACCAAAUUCACAAGUUUCACAACGCGAAAAAAUGCCCGCAAUCGAAGCUACAAUUAAAAGCCAGGGCGCUACCGAGGCGGUCACACAAGAGGUCACGGGCAGCAAUAUGAGUGAGCUGAUUUCAAGCAUCAAAGUGGUAAAGGAUUCGUUGAACGAUCUGCUCACCGCGAUUGUGGUACGGGACGCGAGUUCGGGUAGUGCACGGAAGGAACGCACGGAAGAAGCUACAGAAGAGGGAGCAGCUGAUGGUGAAAGUAGUGAUGAACCGGAAGAGGGCGACAAAGAAUCCAACAAGCGUCAGAAGGUGUAGACCGUAGAACAGCUUUCAAAGUGCAGUAUAAAGCGAUAGCGAAGGCAUUUUUGAAUUUUACCGGUUUCAGUUGUAUGUAAGUGUGCCUUUUUGAAUUGACCAUGUUUUGAAGUAAAAGCAGGCAGCAUGCGACCGGUGCGCGCAUGUCGCCACCGACCUGCCGUUGCUAGGACGCAAUGUUCGGAGGCGUCAAACAAGUGGCUCUAAGUACGGAAUAAGAUUGCGAAAUUGUUUCCUCUAAAAUCCACAAUAAAAGUUAAGUAACGAAUUAACAUUACGCACAUCGGUAUGUGUGAUCUAUCGAAACCUAAUUUUCAUUCGACCGAAUCGUCCGAGAGUGAAGAUGUUAGCGACACCACAACGAGAGCAUCGACGACCGAAUCUCACAGUCAGCUCGGCCCGAAAGCCAUGUUCAACGAGAUGGAAAGUGGUAUGAUAAACAUCGUAAUCGAGGAAGCGACGUACAAGCUGAUCGUCAUCAACCGGGAUGGGGACAAAACGAGCGCCCCGAUCGUACGGAAGCCCCCGAUGCACGUCCGCUUCGAUCCGUCGUACAAGAACCAGCUGCUAAGCGAAAACAUGGUCGUCGAUUUGGCGAUGGGAAAAAUGAUUCUCGUAAAGCUGCAGAAUGAUAUCUCCAAUUUGCGCAAGCUGCUUUCGGACACGCACACGGAGAUGGCGGAGUUCGGUACGUUCGAGACGCUGCAAACCUUCAUGGACAACGACAUCCAAAGCGAACAGGAAGAGCUAAUUCUGAUCCGGGACAGUAUCUUGAAUGAGAAAAAGCUGAAAAUACUGCAAACCCAGCUCGAGGGCGUCAAUCGUGAGUGCAAGAACGUGCUGAAGCAGCUCGACGACGAAAUAUUCGACCUGGAGACGAAGCUCAAGGACGCACGGAUUGAGAACGACAUCAAGACGAAGCUGGUCCAGCAGUGGGAGCGUACCCGGCACGAGCAGGCGCGCAUCAUCAUCGAGGGCAAGGAGAACGAACUGGCGCACACGGCCACACAGACGAAAGCGAACAUCGAGCGCGAGUUGCGGCUGAAAAGCGAAAUCGAUGUGUACAUCAACUACUGCAUCGAUCAGAUCAGUGAAAAGAUCGCCUUCUGGACGGAUAAGUACCAGCGGGAGAUAAAGGCGCUGGAUGCACAGAUUGCCGAGCACAAGGACAAGAUCGUGAACCUGAAGGUGCAGUUCGAGGAGAUGACGAUACUGUUCAAGCAUCGCGAGAAGGAUCUGAAAAUUUGUGCCGAGUUUAUGAAGGAGCGGGAGCAGCAGCUGGCACUCGCCAACAAGCAGAUGCGUUCGGCGAUCAAGAUCCAGUCCUGGUGGCGCGGCACGAUGGUCCGCAAGGGGUUGGGACAGUUUAAGCGUAAGAAAAAGCAAAAGCCCCAGAAGGCACCGAAGAAGGGAAAGAAGGGAAAGUAAGGUGGUUGAACAUGAAUGAUAGGUAAGGCUAUCACUAUAAGGCUAUAUUUUUAUUCUAGCUAUCGAUGAUAAAGAGUUGCAACAUGUAAUUCGUCCCUUUAACUGCUUGGUUCCAGAAUGUAAAACUUCGAGGCGUUUCAAAAACCUUUUAAAAGGUAGUACUGUCAGCGCGUUGGCAACGGUCUCGUUCAGUCGUCUAAUCGAGCCAAAAAGGUUUCAUAAACGCCUCGAAGUUUUACAAACAAGUUUGUUGGAUCAACAAGACUGAACAGCUUUUGAAAUCACAACAGUAGAGUAUAUUUCCUAAGGACAGAAACACAGAAAGAACGCACCAUUAUUAAAGCAUAAACAUAAAUAAGAAAACCAUACAUGGAUCAUCUUAUUGAAUACGCAUCCUACUUCCUUUUUUUCAAUUCAAUUUUAUUCUUAUUAUUAAACCGCAUGAAGAAAACGACAAAGGGAAGUACAGCAAUACUUUAAUUUCCGACAGCACAUGUCUUGGUACGUGAAUAGGCAUGCCAUUAAAUACCCCAUAGACAUAGUGAAAUCGUAGAGGGAAGCGCAAUUGCAACUUGCAAUUAAUUUCGGGAUUUUAAGCCACCAGACGCGGUCGAUUGAUCUGCCAAUGAAGGCUACCUUCUCUCUAUCAUUAAAGAACUGAAUCCUACGUCCGUUUUUUUAUCAUUUAAUUGUGUUUUGUACAUGAUCUUUCCAAUAAUAAAAAAAAAACUCCAAGCUUUGUUUAAUACAAUUGAGAAAAGCGUUUCGUACGGAAUGCGUGGGAAACUGUGUAAAAAAUAUGCUUUUUAAGAUCCAUUAUACAUAUAAUAGUAAGAUGCAUGCAUUAUUAAAACGUCGCGGCGAGUGCAUCGGAUUGCAAACCAUAAUGAUAAAACGAGUUUUUAACGGCCAAUCAUGUAAUUGAGAUUACGUUGAAGAGCAGUUUCGUAAUCACUCUACGGAAAACGUUCAAAUCAUCUUAGGUCAAAAGCAGUGUGGCAGGAACUAUAAACACAUUUGUAAAAAAUAAUAAUAAAAAAUGUAAUUGCAAUAUUA